AGGAAAGGACUGGACGUCGUCGAGGUGGAGGCGAAGGAGGAAGGAGAAGUCGGGCGCUUCCCGUCACCCUUUGCCGAAGGACUGAACCAAAGUCAGCCGAUAAUGACAACGUGGAAAGGGGGAAGCACCAAGGAGACAUUUAAGGUGGUUCCUGGGAAGGAGACGCUUCACCUCCUGUCAGAAAAAGUGAAAUUUCAAGAAGACUGGAGAAAGCCCAAACACGGAUAUGAAUUCUUCAGUUAAAAGCCGCUUCUAUGAGGGCAAAGUGUGGGUUCAGUGUGAGAAUGAAAAUUGUUUAAAAUGGAGGCUGUUAUCAAGGGAAGACGCCGCACAAGUCGAUCAAAAUGAGCCAUGGUUCUGCUUCAUGAACACCGAUCCAAGCUAUAACACGUGUUCUGUUUCUGAAGAAAAUUUUCCUGAAGAAUCUCAAUUUUAUGAAAGCGGAUAUAAGUUCGUUUAUUCUCAGUUUCCUAUAGGAAGUCUAGUUUUGGUGAAAUUGUGCUUUUGGCCAAGUUGGCCUGGCAUACUUUGUCUUGAUUCCAUAAAGGGGAAAUAUGUGACCUAUGACCUGGAUGGAAAUGUAGACAGUUAUCAUGUAGAAUUCCUGGGGGAUCCCCAUUCAAGAAGUUGGAUAAAAGCAACAAAUAUUAGUCAUUAUUCUGCAUCGUUAAAGGCAGAAGAAUGCAAAUCUAAAAAGCAGUGGUAUGAAAGUGCCCUGCAAGAGGCAAACCUAUUAUAUGCAUUUUCUUGUGAGCAAAGAUUGGACAUGUGCUGUCAGACAAAACAAGAAACUUUAUUGGUGGAUGGCACUGGAGCAAAUCUUGAUGUUGCUGUGGUAGGCAAGAAAAGAGUUAAGGUUACCACAAAUUCUUGUGACCAAAAACCUUGCAUCUUGGGAACAAAUAAGAGGAAAAGAAUUUGUGAAAGCUAUUUUGAAAGUGCUUGUUCAGAUGGCUCCUUAUCAAAAGAAAACUUGGUUAUCUCAGAGUCUGAAGUUAUGCUAAAAGAUCUGGAACAAAUGCUCCAGCAAGUUGAAGAUCCCUUUAAGAACCUCGAUGAAGCAGGUGAACAUGGAGAUGAAAUCAAUGCAGGAACAAAGUUAGCUAAGUGCAGCACAAACAAUUUGGAAGAAAGUCGAUUAGAAAACCCCUGUGAAGAAGAUUGUCUUGCAACUGAUGAUAUGACAUUCAGAGCUGGAGAAUGUAUUGAGAAUAUAUCCAAAACAUUUAAAGAAAUAGACAGUUUAAUGUCUGAAUUUCAGGAUGAUGUCUAGAUUAUUAAGAGAGCCUGUUUAUUGUUACAUCUGAAUAUUUCUGUCCUUUUCAUGUGAAAUACUGAAAAAAAUUAAGUGCUCAAAGUACCAAGCUGUACGAAAGUUAAUGCUUCUAUUUAAUGAUUGAUCUCUGAUCACAAUUCUUACAAUUUCUAACAAAACGGUUUUAAAACUUAGCCUAUAAAAUGUAAAAAAACAAAUUUAGUUCUUAUAGCCUUCUUUGAGUUUGUAUUCAUGUAUUUCAGAUAGUUUUGAAACAUUACAUAAAAACUUAAAAGAUAUUUGCUUCAUUCAGAUUUAAAUGUUAUCUGUUAAAAUUGCUAUCCAAACUUUGUUUUUUGAGCUAAUACUUAGAUAUGUUAAAUAAUAUUUAAUAUUUCUAUUAUUUACAAAAAUCUUUAGAUUGGAAUUAAACGGUUGUUGAAUUUUCCUUUAAUAAAAAAAAACUGGUGAUGUA